CUAGUAAACCUAAACUUAACACACUAUGCAUUGUCACGAAAUAUAUUAUUGGUAGGUUAAGGGUCGCUAUAUCUAUAAUCUAUCCUCACUACAAAAAAGCCAACCCAUAUGCUCUGUUUCUCCUCUGCUCAACACCUCUCCUAUGUUACCUCCCCCUACAUCCUAGUACUCACACUCACUCCUCUAUCAUGCGCAACCCGUAUUCUGCUACAAAAACAUUCUUAUUCUGAAUAACAAUGACUGAAACAGCAAGGUGUCACGAAACUCCAAGCAGCAGCACCAGCAACUCCUCCACCUCAAAACCCCUGAAAACAGAGACCCCGAAACAGAGCAAAGCAAAGAGAAACAGAGACCCCACCAAGCAUUCCGAUUACCACGGCGUGCGAAUGCGCAAUUGGGGCAAAUGGGUAUCCGAAAUUCGCGAGCCUCGCAAGAAAUCACGCAUCUGGCUCGGAACUUUCGCCACCCCUGAAAUGGCGGCACGUGCGCACGAUGUUGCGGCUUUGAGCAUUAAGGGCCACACGGCGGUUCUCAACUUUCCAAACAUAGUAAACAUGCUUCCCAGACCCGUCACGUGUGCCCCACGUGACAUUCAAGCCGCGGCCGCCGAAGCCGCGGCGAUGGUGGAGUUCGACCGGGAGAGCUCGGAGGCGGAGUCGACGGAGCUGAGCGAGAUUGUGGAGCUUCCGAACAUUGAAGAGAGCUUCGACUCGGUUGAGUCGAGAAGUGAAUUCGCGUUGAUCGACUCGGUGGAUAGUUGGGUGUACCCUCCUCCAAUGACAGUGGGGAGCAUUUGUGACAUGAUGAUGCUUGGGGAACAUGAGUGUGGAUUGUUCCAAUUUGGAACCGAUCACCAAACAUGUUCUGUUUAGUUUAAACAGUUUCGGUUUUUCAGAGGCUAUAAAACUAAACGUGUCCAUCAGACACUCUGUUCUUCUGUUGUUAUGAAAUGUAUGAUCAUCAAAUCAAAUACUGUUUCGCUAUUUUUGAUCUCCCCGGUCAGCGGUUGAUGGUUUCGUUAGUUCCUUCACUUUUUAAUUAAUAUCACACACAUAUAUAUAUAUAUGACACAUUACUUUCA